UUGCUGCCGAAGAGAGCCGAAAGUGAGCUGGUAGUUACAGCGAGCCCGACGGCGAGAGAGGAGGGGGGUCGGCCCUUCUGGUUUCUCUUUUUUUUUUUGAUUACUGGAUGUACAAGUGAUUUAGAAAGAAAAGCGAAGAGACGUUUUUUUCCCUCUCUCUCUCUCUCCGAAGAAUGUCCGAUUUCGAUAGCAACCCGUUUGCAGACCCGGACUUUACUAACCCGUUUCAGGAUCCCUCAGUGACACAAGUAACACAAAAUGUCCCGCCAGGUUUGGAAGAAUACAACCCUUUCACAAACACAAAACCGGCAUCAGCGGCCACAGCCUCCAAAAUGCCCCCCACCACUAACACGCAGCCGGCCAUCAUGAAACCGACAGAGGAGCCCCCAGCGUACACACAGCAGCAGACGCAGGACCAGGCUCGGGCUCAGGCAGAGCUGUUGAGGCGCCAGGAGGAACUUGAGAAGAAGGCGGCUGAGCUGGAUCGUCGGGAGAGGGAGAUGCAGUCUCUUAGUGCAUCGGGAGGAAGGAAAAACAACUGGCCCCCUCUUCCGGAGAAGUUCCCUGUGGGGCCCUGUUUCUACCAUGACAUCGCUGUAGACAUACCUGUAGAAUUUCAGAAGACAGUCAAGAUCAUGUACUAUCUAUGGAUGUUCUAUGCAGGGACGCUGUUUGUGAACAUCUUUGGCUGCCUGGCCUGGUUCUGUGUGGACGCGUCACGAGGAGUGGACUUCGGCCUGGCCAUGCUCUGGUUCAUGCUCUUCACGCCCUGCUCCUUUGUCUGCUGGUACAGACCGCUGUAUGGCGCCUUCAGAAGUGACAGCUCCUUCCGGUUCUUUGUCUUCUUCUUCGUCUACAUCUGUCAGUUUGGCGUGCACGUGUUCCAGGCCAUCGGCAUCGCCAGCUGGGGAGCGUGCGGGUGGAUCUCGGCCCUCACGGGCCUCAACAAGAGCAUCCCGGUCGGCAUCAUCAUGAUCCUGAUCGCAGCCCUCUUCACCGCCUCCGCUGUCAUCUCGCUCAUCAUGUUCAAGAAGGUCCACGGUCUGUAUCGCACCACGGGCGCCAGCUUCGAGAAGGCCCAGCAAGAGUUUGCCACCGGCGUCAUGUCCAACAAGACGGUCCAGACAGCGGCAGCCAACGCGGCCUCCAGCGCAGCUAGGGGGGCUUUCAAGGGAGACCAGAUCUGAGCGCCCCCAUCCUCAUCUCCUCAUCCCAGCUCCUGUAACCACACUCACAAUACAUUGCUCACACUACCUUACAGUACCUUACUGACCUGGCCACACUCCCUUUUAUACUUAACCCCUUUCAUCGAGGACUCCGCCUGUCUUUUAAUUUAAUUUUCUCAGAUGACCCACUUGACUCCGACUCCAGCCAUCCACACUUGCGGACCUGUCCAUCAGUGUCCAUGCCUGGGUUUUUGAGUUGGAAGGACAACAAUUUGUCACUUGAUACACUUCCUUGUCACCGUUCAGUCGUCCUCGUGACCCUUCCGUGCUCCGUUAAACACCGGGAGGGUGUGCGAAAGGGUCAUGUUGCAGAAGCAGCAGUGCGGGUUGGCUAUGUCUUCUGGACAAGAAGUGUGCCCUCCCUGUCUUCCCUGUGCUCCAGCAUGACCCAUGCUGUCAGUGCUCUCCACUGAUGUGCAGCUUCGCCAACUAAAACCGCCCUCUGCAUUCCUCUUGACAGCCAUCGGUCGAGGCUGGAGAAAACCGCCCGUUCGGAACUUCACUCUGUUCUCUUUUGAUUAAUUAUUACUUGACUGCAGCACUUUUGCGUAUUGAUUUCAGUCCCGUGACGCUGUACAGUAUGCCUGAGUGAAUUAACGGUACAACGUCCUCAUUCGAGAAGCGAGAGCAUCGUUUAGUUAAACGCGUACUUUAAAGUGCUAUAACGGAUUGGCGAGCUUUCUUAGAAACGGGAGCAAAGCAAUUCUCUAGUUGUUGCAUCCUGGUUGACAGCACAGUCGAUGCUCUUCCCGAUGCCAAAGCAGACCUCGGGCGACGCAGCGCUCUCCGGCGACCGCGGGAGUCCCGAGGCCAACUGGCUUAGCGGCAGGGGCCUCGUAGUUGUUACUGUGUGCCUAGGGUGUUUCCCACGAGUUGCCUUGGGGUGUUUGGAGCUCAACCGAAACCUUCUCCUCGCUUCUCCGCACGAGCUGCGCGUUCCUGCGGGAACCGCUCGGCGUCCUGUUUCCCCAGGAACCCCGCAGACACCCGUCCAUCGGCGGACAGCGGAGCGCGUUCGCCGCGACUCCCCGGUGUCCAGCCUGCCUGCCGGCUUUUCAUCGCCGCAUAUCGCUCAUCAAACGUUCGCCGCUUUCAGUGGUCGUAAUUGAUCUCAUGGAUUAAGGAACUUUUUAAAAAAUGUGACCGGUGAGGAUUUGGGACUGUUAGAAGUGCUCGGGAUAAUCGGGGUUUGCGUAGUGCUCCGGAAGGAACUUUAGUUACUAAACGUCCGAUUUUAUUAGGCACGUCGCUAGACUUCAGCUGAAACCCAGUCAGAAAGAGCUGCUCGACUGCAGUCGCAUCAGUGUUUCCUUACUUUUCGUUCCCAUUUGACAGCCACUCGGUCACCUCGUGACUGGUUGUGCCUUCCUAUGUGCACAUGCAAAUACAAGAGCAGCGCCUUUUUCCUCAUGUUGCUAAAGAAGCAAGUAGCUGUUGUUAAAGUGUCCGGUGUGCCGUUGUGUCCGUGGUAACAUUUCGCCCGUUCGAUGGUGGCCUGCAGGUGUCUGCGAGGAUCUGCAGUUACCGCAUCCCCUCGUUUACCGCUCGUUGUAACCUCACCGCCACCCCCUUUCCACUGAGCGUUGUGAGUGUCACUCUGUGUUUCCAUCACACUGCUCUGUGAGCCCAUCCCUGCCUUCUGUGUUUCUGUACAAUUUAAAAACGCCGUAUUUCCCUCCAUAUAAAUGUGAAUUAGGCGCUGGCCUUCUGGAAAGCUGAAAUUCUGGAACUGAAUGCUCUGUGGACUAUAGAUGAAUGGAAAAUGAGGAACACGAUCCCAGCUCUAGUGUCUUAUUUCGUGCUUAGUGGUUCCAUGCCGUGGCCGCCUCAGGGUCGUAGACCACGUAUUUGUAAUUCCUGCAAAGUGAAGGGACUCAUGGGUUCCAUAGAUAUGAAAUAUAUCCCACCUUUACAGUGAAAACACACUCUGAUGUUUUUCAAGCCGUACUCCUCAGGAUUCAGGCGCGUGACCACGACUAAUGACUUCACUAGCAACCUUGUGUCCUUCAGCCAAGUGUGGAGGUAAGAAUGGAAUUAAAAUCCACAGAAGCAUAAGAGAAAUUGAACCGCUAACUUGCUAUUAAUAACUACUGGCACCUUAUCUCCCAGUCAACAUUGCUGUCAGCUUAUUUAGUCUGUGAUUUCGUAGUAAAGGCUUCUGGGAAUUUGAUCACAUGCAACAUGUUCUGAUUUAAUUUUGGAGAUUUAGCAGAAAGAAAUAUUUAAGGUUUAUCUUCUAGUCAAUACAGAGCCCUGAUGACUUUUUUUUUUUUUUUUUUAAAUAAUGCAUUUUGGGAAAUAUAACCCCCAGUCUUGGAGUAAAUAAAUGGGUGGGUUUAAAAGGAUUAUUUAGCUAUCAGUUUGUUUUACUGCCAUCUUUAUUAGUUUUUCUGCAGUAGCGGGUUAUUUGUCUCUGGCUUUUCACCUGCCCGGUCACUGAAGUUCUCUGACAGUGUAACAGUGCGCUGUUACCGUGUCCCAUCUGGAAACCCGUGUGGAAAUAUCCUGAGGGACGAGGCCUGACAGGGACGUAUCUGUUCGGUGCAGUUCCAGUCAUAUUUAUUCACUGAUGGUUUGCUUCUGUAUGCAUUCCUCUCUUCCUUGAUGCAGGGUUCGAAAGCUCCUCUUUCUUAUAAGCUCUAGAUUUUUUUUUUGUUUUCCCAGAAUGUGUAUUUAUUCAGAUUUUUUUUUUUUAUUUUUAAUUAUAAAUUUUACCAAUAGAAAGGUAUCUCCUUGUGGUUUCUGUGUGCGUUGGUGUGUGUGCAAUUUUUUUAAAAAAUUCAAAUGAAUGGCACCUGAAUGUUCCUGUUAAAAUGCUUUUUUUGGUCAUUUUGUUUUAAAUCGUUUUAUAAGAAGUUGACUUAAUUGGAAAUUCCGAGAAAGUAAACUGAUGACAUGUAUUUUCUCUGCUUUGCAACUGUGGCUUUAAGUUUGACAUUUUAAUCAGUUACAGAAUUAUGUAGUUGAAACACUGAAAAGAAAACGGAAAUACUCUUGAAUCAGUAUACGAUUUUGGACUUGAGUAUAUUUAAAUCAGACCUUAAGGGAUAUUUGUAUAUUUUGUAAAAUUAACAAUUGGGUCUGCCAUGGUCAUGGAUUUCAUUGUACUGUACAAAUGCACUCGUCUCUCCCUCCGUCGCAUGUUGAGUGGUUUUGAGUUUUGUAUAUUUAUUGUAUUAACACUAAAUAAAAUUAAAAAGGCAACUGAUUACCUGCUUCCCAGCAGUGAUCCCCCU